CCGGUAGGUGGGAGCUGUCCGGAGCUGAGGGGGGGCAGCGGGAUGAGCUCAGCGCCGCCCGGGGGGCAGGUAACGUCAGCUGUCGGCCGGAGCCGGAAAAAAAGAGAGAGAGAGAGAAACUGUGCUGGAGCUGCACGCUUCAUGAGAUUUCACUUUAUUAUCGAGACUCGGUAAUAAAAUAAGCAUGGGCAGCUAAUCUGCUCCGUGCAUGAGAACCAGCGAUUCCUCCUCGUCCCAGUAGUGUCUCGACAGCAUCCCGCUUGGCUUGAAAUGGGAUGAAAUGGGAUCAUUCAUGUCGACGAAGAUCGGAUGGAUUCUUGCCAUCGCCUCUGUUCUCCUGUUCCUCGCGGCGCCUGCAGGCAGCGUAGAUGUGAGCUGUGAGAAUGUUUAUCGGGACUUUUCUGAGUGCGUCCUGGAGCUGGGGGAGAGCAUGGACAACUACCAGGAGAACGUGACCAGUGAGCAGGGAGUGGCGGCCGUCUGCAGCCACUGGGAAGCCUUCCACACGUGCGCUCUGACGGCGCUGUCCGACUGCCAGCAGGAAGUCAGCUCCAUCUGGGAGACCCUGAAGCAGGACUCCAGGAAGAUCCGCUUCCAGGGAAGCCUGUUCGACCUGUGCAGCCCCAGCUGCGCCCCCACCGCCCAUCUGCCCCUCGCUGCCCUCGUCCUGCCUCUGGUGCUGGUGCUGACUGGGCCGAGCGGGGCCUCUGCGUAGACGGGACUCGGAUGGGGGCGAUAAGAACGAGGGCAGGGUGGACGGGGGCGGUUUCUCUUUUCAUGAGUUCCAGUACGUCUGAGCUCAGACUUAAUGCCAAGGAAUUUAAAAGGUUGAAAUGUUUUAAAAUGAUUUUUUUUUCUUUCUAUUUUUUUUUUUUUUUACUCUGAGCUGUUUUUGUGUGGCAGGACAAUCAGUUUAGUUUGGCUGAAAACGCUUCAAGUCUUCUGAUAAUGAUAAAGCCUUUUUCUUCAUUAAAUAAUAGCUUAGGGGGAAAAAAGAAGUGCAUUUUUGAACAUGGAAAGCAUUAUAGUAAGUGACCUUUGGUCAGAAACUAGUUUACCACACCUGAUCUUUAAAGUUUUAACUAGAUUUUCUUAGCAAAAAUGAAUAAAUAAAAGCUUAAACUGCCGGCCAGCAUGUGUAUGUGGGUCUCAUAUGGCUUGUGGGACCCAGAGUGGCUUGUUGGUUUGUUGGAUUUCGCCUUGUGCAGAAAUAAUUCAGCAUCAAACCUAUGGAGGUAAUAAUAAAGGGGACAACCUGAAGUCUUCCUGUUCCCCACCCACGUGGGCCCCAUAUGUGGAUGCUGGCUGGCUGAUGCACAUUUACUAGAUGGAAAGUCAACAACCACAGAAUUAAACAUAUCAAACAUCCAAAGUCAGCAAAUGCUAAUUGUUAAUUUUUAUAUUCACCAGCUUGUUUUUUUAUUAUUAUUAUUAUUGUUUGUGCACUUCCCUGAUUUUUAGCCUUUUCUAAACGCUAAGAUAAGCACACACUACGCUUCAGCUCAGAGCUGAGGCAGAAGCUGGACGUGGGAAUAUCAUAUUUUUAGAUUACAGUGGCUUGAAAAAGUAUUCAUACCCCUUAAACCUUUGCAUGUGUCACAUCUUCGUUUCAUCUUGCACGUGUCCUCUAAUAAAACCUCUGAGGCCUUCGCAGUAAAACUGUAUUUGUAUUGCAAGCUCCAUGCUGUGAAGAAAUGCAUCCCCGCAGCAUGAUGCUACCACCACCAUGUCUCCCAUUAAGGCUGGUGUGUUCAGGGUGAAUGGCAGUGCUCUCUGAAAACCCUGAGAAACAUUCACAGAACAGAUGGAGCCUCCUUCUCUUCUUUAGUGGCGUCAGAGUAAAGAGGGUGCAAUGCCACAUCUUAAUAUUAAAUCCUAAUGCAUUAAAGUUUGACAAAAUAUAAACCAGUUCAGGGGGUGUGGAUAUUUUUUCAAUGUAGAUGAAAACAGAGCAACACUUGCAAAGUAAGAUAUCUCUGCUGCUUGGCCUAUGCUGCCAUCUGGAAGAGAAACAACACUUCAAACUUAGAGAAAUGAGCUCUAAUGAGAAAUCUAUCUGAAUCUGUUUUAAAUCAAACAUUUCUUUUCCAAACUGGGCUGCUGGGCAGGAAGCUGUACUGUCGUUUACACACUGCUCAUGUUUUAUACAUGAAUCUCAGCAGUAGGAGAGCUCACCUUCUGAAAAUAAAAGGCAUGUGUUGUCUUGAAACUGAAAGUAUAAUAACUACACGCAUGGUUAAAGCAGUGCAUUGUUACUCUACGUCCUGAAUAAUCUUUAUUUAGAGCAAUGAGAGCGUUGAGCAAUAUCCAGACAUGGUGCGGUAACUCUGGUACCAUCUAGUGAGGUCUGCUUCUGGUUCCUGACUCAUCUCUGCUGUCACAUCAGUACUUUUAGAGGGCAAAAGAAAGUUUGGCCUCAUUUUUCUUUUCAUACCACGUGAAGCUAAAUAUAAACAUUAACUGGAUUUAAUUACCUCUGCUCAGAUGCCAACUGAUACCUUCAAAGUGACACAAACAAAGAAUAAAUAGUAUUUAAAUGUCUAUCUUUUUAAAAACGUCUAUCAGCAGGGCGGUUUUCUCUGCACUAAAAUACAACACAACAUAUUCAUAUUUAUAUAACCAAGUUUUAACAAAAGGUAAAACCAAGUUUAUCCAGAGACUUUUACUGAAAAGGCGACAUUGCUGCACCCAAAUCAGCUUUUUUUUUUUUUCUUAAACGUGACUAAAUAUAGGAAACGUUUUGAAAGAAAGUGAGCCAAAUCCUGUUUUUAUUACUGAAAAUAGAUUUAUUCAAUCAAGCCCAAAAGAAAUUGAAAACUAAGUCUUUCUAUUAAUACAGCAAACAUGCAAAAUUACAGUAAGCAGUUAAUUUCUACUGAAUAACUCAAAUAUAACAUUUUGAGGGUAAUAUCAGAAAUCUACAACAAAUCCUGGAGAUUUCUGAAUUUCAAAUGACAAAAAUUUUCU